AUGGAGAAUGAGAUAUUCACACCCCUGUUGGAGCAGUUUAUGUCUAGCCCUCUUGUCACCUGGGUUAAGACAUUUGGACCCUUAGCUGGAGGAAAUGGGAGCAACCUGGAGGAAUAUGUGGCUCUACUGGAUGGCAUAUUCUUGAACGAAGUCAUGCUCCAAAUCAACCCUAAAUCCACCAGUCAGAGAGUAAAUAAGAAAGUCAACAAUGAUGCCUCACUUAGGAUUCAAAAUUUGUCUAUUUUGGUGAGACAAAUAAAAUCUUAUUAUCAGGAGACUUUGCAGCAGUUGAUCAUGAUGUCUUUGCCAAAUGUCUUAAUAAUUGGCAAAAAUCCUUUUUCUGAGCCAGGAACUGAAGAAAUUAAAAAACUACUUUUACUCUUACUUGGCUGCGCAGUUCAGUGUCAGAAAAAAGAAGAAUUCAUUGAAAGAAUCCAAGGUUUAGAUUUUGAUACAAGAGCAGCUGUUGCUGCCCACAUUCAAGAGGUAACUCAUAAUCAGGAAAAUGUGUUUGAUCUGCAGUGGAUGGAUGUCAGCAUUCUGUCACAAGAAUAUAUCGAGCCUCUCUUGAAAAAUAUGGCAUUACAUUUAAAAAGACUUAUAGAUGAAAGAGAUGAACAUUCUGAGACUAUCAUAGAGCUUUCUGAAGAACGGGACUGUCUUCAUUUUCUACCUCAUGCAUCAGCAGCACAAUCACCUUGUGGAUCUCCAGGCAUUAAACGCACUGAAAGCAGACAGCACUUGUCAGUGGAGCUAGCAGAUGCUAAAGCAAAGAUAAGAAGACUUAGGCAGGAGCUGGAGGAAAAAACUGAGCAGCUGCUGGAUUGUAAACAAGAACUUGAACAGAUGGAGGCUGAACUAAAGAUACUGCAGCAGGAGAACAUGAAUUUGCUUUCGGAUGCUCGCUCUGCCAGAGUGUACCGUGAUGAGUUAGAUGCACUGCGUGAGAAGGCAAUCAGAGUUGACAAGCUUGAAAGUGAAGUCAGCCGAUACAAAGAGAGGUUGCAUGAUAUUGUAUUCUACAAGGCUAGAGUUGAGGAGUUAAAAGAAGACAAUCAAGUAUUGUUGGAAACAAAGACAAUGUUGGAAGAUCAACUAGAGGGGACCCGAGCCCGUUCUGAUAAAUUACAUGAACUGGAAAAGGAAAAUCUGCAAUUAAAAGCUAAACUACAUGAUAUGGAGAUGGAGCGUGACAUGGACAGAAAAAAAAUCGAGGAACUCAUGGAGGAAAAUAUGACUCUAGAAAUGGCUCAGAAACAAAGCAUGGAUGAAUCAUUACAUCUUGGCUGGGAACUUGAACAGAUGAACAGAACUACUGAGCUUUCUGAAGUGCCACGAAAGUCACUUGGCCAUGAAGUGAAUGAAUUGACAUCAAGUAGAUUGCUGAAGCUGGAAAUGGAAAACCAAAGUUUGCUGAAGAUGGUGGAAGAGCUACAAAAUGCAAUGGGUUCUGUAGAAGGCAGUAAUUCAAAGAUUCUGAAAAUGGAAAAAGAAAACCAAAGACUUGGCAAAAAGUUGGAAGGACUUGAGAAUGAAAUUAGCCAAGAGAAACAAAGUCUUCAGAAUAGUCAAAAUCUGAGCAAAGAUCUGAUGAAAGAAAAAGCACAACUUGAAAAAUCCAUUGAGACACUUCGAGAAAACUCAGAGAGACAGAUUAAAAUAUUGGAACAGGAGAAUGAGCAUUUGAAUCAAACAGUAGCUGCUCUAAGGCAACGGUCCCAAAUCAGUGCUGAAGCAAGAGUGAAAGACAUUGAAAAAGAAAAUAAAAUCCUCCAUGAAUCUAUCAAAGAGACCAGCAGUAAGCUAAAUAAGAUUGAAUUUGAGAAAAAGCAAGUGAGGAAAGAACUGGAACAUUAUAAAGAGAAAGGAGAGAGAGCAGAAGAGCUUGAGAAUGAGUUGCAUCAUCUUGAAAAGGAGAAUGAGUUAUUACAGAAAAAGAUUACCAAUUUAAAAAUUACUUGUGAGAAGAUAGAAGCCUUAGAGCAAGAAAACUCAGACCUGGAAGUGGAAAAUAGAAAGUUGAAAAAAACUUUAGAUAGCUUAAAAAACCUUACUUUUCAGUUAGAAUCAUUGGAGAAAGAGAAUUCACAACUUGAUGAAGAAAAUUUAGAACUAAGAAGAACAGUUGAAUCUUUGAAGUGUACAAGCAUCAAGAUGGCUCAAUUACAGUUAGAAAAUAAGGAAUUGGAAAGUGAAAAGGAGCAACUUAAAAAAGGGUUGGAGCUUAUGAAAGCUUCGUGUAAGAAAACAGAACGUUUAGAAGUCAGCUACCAAGGUUUAGAUACAGAAAACCAAAGGCUACAGAAAGCAUUAGAAAAUAGUAACAAAAAGAUUCAACAAUUGGAAAGUGAACUACAAGAUUUAGAGUCUGAAAACCAAACUCUGCAAAAGAAUCUGGAAGAAUUAAAAAUCUCUAGUAAACGCCUAGAGCAAUUAGAGAAGGAGAAUAAGCUGUUGGAACAAGAGACUUCUCAGCUGGAAAAGGAUAAGAAACAACUAGAAAAAGAGAAUAAGAGACUCCGACAACAAGCAGAAAUUAAAGACAGUACUUUAGAAGAGAACAAUAUAAAAAUUAGUAAUCUGGAAAAGGAAAACAAAUCUCUAUGUAAAGAAAUAGGUAUAUUUAAAGAGUCUUGUGUACGUCUAAAAGAGCUAGAAAAAGAAAAUAAAGAACUUGUGAAAAGAGCUACCAUUGAUAAGAAAACACUUGUCACAUUACGAGAGGAUUUGGUGAAUGAAAAACUGAAGACCCAGCAAAUGAAUAAUGAUCUUGAAAAACUUACCCAUGAACUUGAAAAGAUAGGUUUAAAUAAAGAGCGCCUCUUGCAUGAUGAACAGAGCACAGAUGACAGUAGGUACAAGCUUUUGGAGUCAAAAUUAGAGUCUACACUAAAGAAGUCUCUAGAAAUAAAAGAAGAAAAAAUUGCAGCUUUGGAAGCUCGUUUAGAAGAGUCAACAAAUUUAAACCAGCAGCUGCGCCAGGAACUUAAAACAGUGAAAAAAAACUAUGAAGCCCUCAAGCAAAGACAAGAGGAGGAAAGGAUGGUACAGAAUUCUCCUCCAAGAACUGGUGAAGAAACCCAGUCUGUCAAUAAAUGGGAAAAGGAAAGUCAGGAAACUACUAGAGAACUAUUGAAGGUUAAAGAUAGAUUAAUAGAAGUAGAAAGGAAUAAUGCUACCCUGCAGGCAGAGAAACAAGCACUGAAAACUCAACUAAAGCAACUUGAGACCCAGAACAAUAAUCUACAAGCUCAGAUUCUGUCACUUCAGAGACAGACUGUUUCUUUACAGGAGCAAAAUACAACCUUACAAACUCAGAAUGCCAAGCUUCAGGUUGAAAAUUCUACCCUUAAUUCUCAAAGUACAUCUCUUAUGAAUCAGAAUGCACAACUGCUGAUCCAACAGUCUGCCUUGGAAAAUGAAAAUGAAUCUAUACUCAAGGAACGAGAGGAUCUGAAGUCAUUGUAUGAUUCACUGGUCAAAGAUCAUGAAAAACUGGAACAUCUUAAUGAACGUCAAGCUUCCGAAUAUGAAUCUCUAAUUGCCAAACAUGGAAGCCUCAAGUCUGCACACAAAAAUCUUGAGGUGGAACAUAAGGACUUAGAAGAUAGGUACAAUCAGUUGCUGAAACAAAAAGUACAAUUAGAGGAGUUGGAAAAAGUGCUUAAAGUAGAACAAGAGAAAAUGUUGCAGCAAAGCAAAAAACACGAAACUGUAGCAGCAGAAUACAAAAAACUUUGUGAUGAAAAUGAUAGGCUAAAUCAUACAUACAAUCAACUUUUGAGAGAGAAUGAAGUUCUUCAAACUGACCAUAAGAAUUUGAAAAGCUUAUUGAACAGUUCCAAACUAGAACAAACACGAUUAGAAGCUGAAUUUUCUAAACUGAAAGAACAGUACCAACAACUGGAUAUUACAUCUACAAAACUGAAUAAUCAGUGUGAGUUGCUUAGCCAGCUUAAAGGAAAUCUGGAGGAAGAAAACAGACAUCUACUUGAUCAAAUUCAGACAUUAAUGCUACAGAAUAGAACAUUACUGGAGCAGAAUAUGGAAAGCAAGGAUCUUUUCCACGUUGAACAAAGACAGUACAUUGACAAGUUAAAUGAAUUGAGACGACAAAAGGAGAAAUUAGAGGAGAAGAUUAUGGAUCAGUAUAAAUUUUAUGAGCCAUCCCCCCCCAGAAGAAGGGGCAAUUGGAUUACUCUAAAAAUGAGGAAAUUGAUAAAAUCUAAGAAAGAUGUUAACCGCGAACGUCUGAAGUCUCUGACUCUUACACCUACCCGUUCGGAGUCCAGUGAAGGAUUUCUUCAGCUACCCCAUCAGGACAGUCAAGAUAGUUCUUCUGUGGGCUCAAACUCUCUUGAAGAUGGCCAGACACUGGGAACCAAAAAGAGCAGUAUGAUUGCACUGAAAAGACUGCCCUUUUUGAGGAACAGACCGAAGGAAAAAGACAAAAUGAAGGCCACCUACCGUCGCUCCAUGUCCAUGAAUGACCUGGUGCAGUCCAUGGUCCUAGCAGGAGGACAAUGGACAGGUAGUUCUGAGCAUCUGGAGGGCCCUGAUGAUGUAUCUACGGGUAAAAGGAAAAAAGAAUUGGGAGCUAUGGCCUUCUCUACUACAGCUAUCAACUUUGCAACUGUCAACUCUUCUUCAGGCUUCAGAUCCAAGCAAUUGCUAAAUAACAAAGAUACUACAUCCUUUGAAGAUGAAAGUCCACAAGGCAUUAGUGAUGAUUCUAGUACAGGAUCAAGAGUUCAUGCUUCCAGACCAGCCAGCCUUGAUAGUGGCAGAACAUCCACUAGCAAUAGCAAUAACAACGCUUCACUUCAUGAAGUCAAAGCAGGUGGAGUUAACAACCAAAGUAGGCCACAAAGUCACAGCAGUGGAGAAUUUAGUCUGCUUCAUGAACAUGAGGCUUGGUCUAGCAGCAGCAGCAGUCCCAUCCAGUAUUUGAAAAGUCACACCAAGUCGAGUCUCAUGAUCAAGGAAAAAAUGCCUGAAACAGUGGAUAAUCAAGGAAAGCAGAAGAUCAAAACUGGUUCUCCUGGAAGUGAGGUUGUUACUCUGCAGCAGUUUUUAGAAGAAAGCAACAAGAUUACUUCUACAGAGAUAAAGUGUGCAAGCCAAGAGAAUCUUUUAGAUGAAGUAAUGAGAAGUUUGUCUGAGUCUGCUGAGUUGGCAGGAAAAGAAAAGCUAAGGAAACAGUCAUCUGUCAGCAGUGGUAUCGUCAGGUCAUUAAGUGUGAAAAACACAGUUGACUUCUCAGAUGGAAGGUCAGCUAAACCUGAACAGCUUGUAAGGCCCAGCCCUCGUAAAACUGAAGAUACCUACUUUACCAGCUCUCCAAUAAAAUUGAUGUCAGGUUCUCAAGGAAAGGUCAAGUCAAUCAAAGAAAAAGUACAAACAAAUCCAUCACAACGACAAUCCAAAGAUUGCAGCCCUUAUGCUACCUUACCACGUGCAAGCAGUGUGAUUUCUACAGCAGAAGGAACUACUCGAAGGACAAGCAUUCAUGAUUUUUUAUCUAAGGACAGUAGGCAGCCUGUAUCAAUUGAUCCAGCACCAUCUACAGCUGAUAGAAGCAUUCCAUCAGCAUCUAAUGUGGAAGCUAUACCAGAAAGCAGAAAUUCAAAAAGCAGGUCUAGGGAGCAACAAAGCUCCUAA